CUCUGUGAAAACCAACCGAAGCAAAGAAAAGUUUACUACCAAACUUUCAGAGUUUCAUUGUUUGAAAUUUGGGAAGGUCGAUAAAAAUGAAGUCAGGACUCAUAUGUGCCUUUCUUGCACUCUUCAUCUAUGGGUGCAUUGUUAGAGGUUGUGAUUCAAAGGUCUUCACUGCGGAACUGAUCCAUCCACUCUCCCCCUCACAUCCUUUCCAAGCGGCUUCAUCAGCUCAUGUUCAGACGGCCAUGGAAUACGACGACGGUUCUUCAAAAGCAGCCAUCACGGCCAUAACCAACCAUGUCGGUAGUGGCGGAUAUGCCAUGAGAUUCUCCAUGGGGACGCCACCCUUCAUGGCAUAUGGACUGAUCGAUACAGGCAGUCAUUUCACCUGGAUUCAGUGCAAGCCAUGCACAGAUUGCCACCAUUCUAUCCUUCCCAUAUUCGACCCGGCUGAAAGUCAAUCAUACGAGAGUGUGCAAUGCGGUUCUCGUGCAUGUUCGUACAUCACAAGUCACCUUUCCCAAGGAUGUCCGUCCAACGAUAGCAGCAGCAGCAGCCCUUGCUCGUACAUAAUGAUGUACGGAGAUAGAUCCCUCAGCACGGGGGAAGUGGCAAGGGAGACUGUCACAAUCGGAAAGAGCCCAUUUAAAAACGUGGUGUUUGGGUGUGGUCACAAGAACAACGGCGGUUUUCUCAAUAAGACCUCGGGCAUUUUUGGUCUGGGAGGGUCUAAAGCCUCCAUUGUCACACAGUUGGGUAAGCAAUUCGGGUGGGAAUUCGCUUAUUGCCUCUCCGGGGACCCGAGAUCAAAGAGCCAUAUCAGGUUUGGUCGUGGACAUGUGCCUGCUGCUGCUGUAACGACACCUUUCAUCCCACGACCCCAGCCAACACCCUUUUAUUGGCUCACCCUAGAGGGGAUAACUGUUGAGAACGAAACCAUGAAGCUCACCCCACAACCGCCCAAUGCCACCUACUCUGAAGGGAACAUAAUAAUCGAUUCGGGAACCACACUGACAUUUGUGCCCACUCAUUUGUUCGAAGAAGUUAAAGAAGCAGUGAUAAGAGAAAUCCCGGGUGUCACUCUGGUGGAAGAACCUUUGGGCGGGCUUUGCUAUUCCAGCCGCAUCUGGGAUCAGAAACAACGUAGGUUGCCCAAGAUUGUGAUGCAUUUCGCAGGUGGGGCUGACGUCGAGUUGUCUCCGAAGGGUAUGUUUAGUGUCAGGGCCGAGCGGGGGUUAACAUGCUUAGCUAUAAUGCCUAGUGGUGAGCAAGUACGGAUGUCCAUCUUCGGCAAUCUAUCCCAAUCUGAAUACCUUGUUGCAUAUGACCUCAAAGCCAGCAAGGUUACCUUCACUAGAACAGAUUGUUCUAAAUAUUAACUACAUAUGAACCUUUGGGAUGCAUGUUUUAGUAUAACUUGGUGGUUAUUUUGUCUUGUCUCGUUCAUCAUCGUACCAAAUUAACUAUGUACCCACUUUUGGGAUAAUUUAUUUAGUUGAGUUGGUAGAUCUUCUUAACUAAUUUGCUAUCUAUCUACUAAUGCUUGCCACCCAUCUAAAAUGUAAUCAUGAG